ACACGUCUUGUUUUGCUGCUGACAUGUUUUUACAGUAGCGGAAGACAUCGCGAUAGGCAAAGCCAAGCUGCUAAUGAGAGCAAGGCGUCAAUGUAAUAUUUCUAUCAUUGCUUUCUUCCUAUUCGGUAUCAUUUACCAUGGGAAAGAGGGAUAACCGAGUGGCAUACGUCAACCCCAUCGCUGCUUCACGCUCUAAAGGACCGACGAGCUCAGGACCUAGCAUCCAGGACUACUUGAGCAGACCUCGGCCGACAUGGGAGGAGGUGAAGGAGCUGCUGGAAAGGAAGAAGAAAGGAUCCAGAGCUCUGGCAGACUUUGAGGAGAAAAUGAACGAAAGCUGGAAGAAGGAGCUGGCCAAGAACCGAGAGAAACUGUUGGCCGACCGAGGGAGAGAGCAGGAGAAGCAGAAAAGAAUUGCAGACAAAGCAAAGGAGAAAAGUUUAGCAGGCAAACCAAAGGUGAUGAAUAUCGGAAUGAAAGGACAGAUCUUCCAUAUAGCAGUCAAAGAAAAGGAGGACAAUGUAAUAGACAAAGAAAAGGACAAAAAAGUAUUGGACAAGGAAAAGGAGAAGGAGGAGAAAAAGGAGAAGAAAGAGAAGAAAAAGAAAGAAAAGAAGGAGAAGAAGAAAUCCAAUAGGCAUUCUCCAUCUUCCUCCUCCUCCUCAUCGAGUUCUGAUUCCUCCAGCAGUUCCUCCUCAGAGUCUGAUGAUGAGGGUGAAAAGAAGAGUGUAAAGAAGAAGCGGAAAAGGAAGAAGUCGUCGGCCAGGAAAGCUUCGGACGGCUCGGCUGCAGAGUCUGAUGCGGAGAGCAAGCAGAAGAAGAAGAAGAAAAUCAAGGAGGAAGGUGAUGAGAAGGACGAGAAGAGCCGGCACAGGAAGAGGAAGGCGGAGCGAAUUCACAAGGACUCUUCCUCAGGGUCCUCGGUGGUCUCUGAAGGGGAAGAGGCUGUUGACGCCAAGAAGAAAAAGAGAAGCAGUGAAGAGAAGGACAGAAUAACGAAAUCCAAGAAGAAGAGGCGGAAGAAGCACAAGAAGCACGGGAGGAAGAGUAAGAAGAGGACGGCGUCGGGCUCGGAGCACGACUAGGACCCGCGGCCUCAUCGCUGGGACCUCACUCACUACAGACGCCCUCCUCCUCGACUACAAGUCCCAUCCCUCAGACCGUGGCUAUCCCCAUGGAAGGACGCCUACAGACUUCUAAUGCUGGUUUCCCGUUGGUGCAGAGAGUCUGGACACAACACUGUGGGGGGAGCAGGGAAAGUCCUCCAACGGAACGAGCCACGGCUCUUUUCGCUCUUGUUUGUACCAUUUGUGUACCAUUUGUUUUUCUUUUAUUUGUAGAUGAUAGUUAAUUGGUUUCGACAACAGGGCGACAUAAACUUUGAAGUCACCACACGGCUCUCUUGGACCCAGGGUUGAGCCGCCAAGCGAGGGCUGUGUUUUUCGCGUGCGUGCGUGCGUGCGUGUGUGGUGUUUGAGAAACCCUGCAGAGUUGUAGAGCGACCGUGGUGACAUUAUUCUGGGAGCUUUUUUUUGUUCCGUUCAGCACCGAGGGAUUUUCACGAAUCACUCCAUCUCACACGCGCGCACCCUGUGAAUAAUGCAGCUCUACACUUCUGUGUUGUCUUUUUAAGAAGUCCCUAGGCAAGUACGGUGUUUCUGUAGCACCAGUGUCAUGCAUGUGCAUUUAAGACCUCUUUUGUCUUGCCAGCCUCAUAUUGAAGCUGGACUUAUUGUCAUUUUCGGCAGUCUAGCCAAGAUUUAUACAAGGGAUAACUUUGAAAAUGCUCUUUACGCAGGAAUGUUGAUGAAUGUGUUGAUAUUGAAGAAUUCCUUAUUAAAGUAUUCUUGUUUUAGCUCCGACUAGAGUUAAUUUAUUCACAGAAUUUAUUCCAGCAUGACGUGGUCUUUAUACAAUCACCUGAAUGUUUCGCUAUGCAACUGCAGUUUUCUGCUUGGCUGCAACAUUCACCCGGGAACUGGAGAAAUACCUUCAUCACAUUUGCUUCUGAACAAAAUAAAAGAUUUUUCAAGAAUUGGA